AAUCGCCAUGCGGCCGUCCAGAUAUCUUCUUACCAAGUGCAUGCAUGAAUCGAGCACUCUGCCUUGCAGAGGAGCUCGGUUCAACUGCCCCAGUCUCUAAACAUGCUUUUGCUGAGAUGUCCACACAUCCUGUUCUUUCUCUGGCACAGCAUGUUUGUUAUAUUUGGCACCCUGGCCAAAAUCGUUUAUUGCAUUCGCCCUCCUCCCCUUGCUUAUACGUCCAACAUACAGGUGUGUGCCAACCGCUCUAUUAUAUCUCCUUCGCGUAUUGCUCGCCAAAGGAACCGGAGCGGCACGCUUCGCAGCGCAGGAUCCUAUGCGGCUAGUCAUUACCUCAAGAGUAGAAGUCGAGAUUUGUAUGUAUGCAAAUCGGUGGGAACUAUCCAAUUCAGGGCUCAAGUCUCAUAUCAGCAUUGUUGUAGUAUUUGGAGUUUGCAUCCCGUCUACCUUAUUCUCGAGGCAGCUAGCUAACCCCAUGCAUACAUGGAGCGAUUAGAUAGACACCGUAGCUGUCUCCAGUGU